CCACUUUUUAACCAUCAGAUUGCUAUAUCCAGAUCUAAGGUCAGGAAGGAGCUUAGUCAGUCACCCCUUUAGUCACUGGAUCCUCUCUCCUUGCCAAGCUGCCCCCAUUACCAACUCUCCGCUCAUUUCUCAGCUCGUAGCGCAUCCACCUGGAAGCUGGACCAGUUCGUCGUCGGCGAUAAUUUCUAGCUACAGAAGUUCACACUUCUACUUCAUCAAUGGCGGCAAGAGUUCGAGCGUCGUCGAUAUUCGCAGCUACAGCAACUCUGGCAAUGAUCGCCGCUGCAUCCUUCAGCUGGCCGUCAGCCUCUGCCGCUUCUACGGCAUCUACUUUCGUCAAGGAGACCAUCAAAUCCCACCAGAUCGUCAUCUUCUCCAAAUCUUAUUGCCCAUAUUGUAGGAGGGCUAAAGCUGUUUUCAAAGAGUUGAACCAGACGCCAUAUGUGGUUGAGCUUAAUGAGAGAGAUGAUGGGCAAGACAUCCAGGCUGCAUUGGGUCAGCUCGUGGGGAAACGAACUGUACCUCAGGUUUUCAUCAACGGAAAGCACAUUGGCGGCUCUGAUGAUACUGUUGAAGCAUAUGAGAGUGGUGAACUGGCUAAGCUUCUGGGCAUUGAUGUGGACGAGAAGGAGGAUAUGUGAACUAAUACUCUGCAUCCAGAGGGUUUAUAUGGGUAUCUGAAUCCAGCUUGGUACGUGCAACCAAGGAUGUUCCUAUCUAUGAAUAGAGGCUGUUUGUUGCUCGACAUCCUGACUAAAUAGUUGCAACCAGAAGUGAGUUCUAGUCAGUGUUGUCUUACUAUGUUAGCUAUGAGAAUUGACUGUAGACUUCGUAAUGGAAAACGAAUCAGGUACUGCUUGAAAGUUUGAUAGAGGAUCUUGAAUGACAUCCCUUUGACCGUUGUAUGAACCUAUGCAUGAUCUGAUUCACUUCCAUCAAUCAUCAAACAUUACCUGCAGAAAUUCGGACGCUGUUUAUCUUUAGUGGAUUGGUUAUGCUGCUGAUGGCCAGGAUUUUUUUUAAGGGUUGGAGUACUGGCUUAUGAGUUAUGUCCAAGAUGGCAAGAUCCAUUAGUUUGGAAGCUCUGCGUCGAUCCUUGGUGAUUGGUCAAAGUUGAUGGAAGUUCAGAUAUGCUACUAUUGUGUCUAUGCUCGGUUUGUUUUGUUGUCCAAUCUAUCUCUAGCCCAUUUCGGACCAAUUGGUUGAACCGCAAUCUGCAGCCUAGCCCGAUCUUUUUUUCUCAAAGAAACGCUUGAUUGUGAAAGUUAUGGC